CUUCCCUUGCCUGGUGGCUCUUUCAUGAGUUCCAGUUGAUUCAGUUCAGUACCAUGGCAUUCCAUAGGCACACAUCUAUAUUCCUUUCUCUUUUAAUCGUCCUUUUCGAAACUGGGUUAGUAAAGCUUGCUGAGGUAGGAUACUUGAAGGACCAUCAGAAUUUCGAAAUUCCUAGUGUUUUGAGUUAUCAAGAAGCACAAUAUAAAUCUGAAUCAUCUAGUAAGCAAAAAAGAUUGGAAAUAUCUAGUUUUAAGACUGAAAACCGUAAAACUGAAAAAAACAAGGAAAUAAUUAAAACAAAUACCACAACUCCUCCUGUAAAAGAUUCACUAGAAACAGCUUUAUAUAGAGUCAAAGCAGCUGAUGAUUCUACCUGCAUAAAGCUAAAAGUUGAUGCAAUUUUAAGUUUUAAAUAUCUCACAAAACUGAAUGAAAUACAGGAUAAGGAGACAUUCAUUCCGACUGGCGCUACCGUAACAGGAGAUUGUAGUGAUGAAGACAAACAGAAUCUUGUUCUCAGAUGGCAUUCAUUUGUACUAAAAUGGUAUUUCUCAAAGACCCCUGGAGGUGAAAGAUGGUUUGUACCAAAAAUUGAACUGAAAUAUGAUCCAUCUGAUUCAUUUUUCGAGCAUAUUAAAUCUUCAGGAAGAUCUUCUUUCACUCUGUCAUCAAGUAGCAGUCACAGCAAUUAUCUGUUCCCUACACCUGUUGGCAAAUCAUAUAAAUGUGACCGAGAAAUAGAAGUUGAGCUCACUAGUUCUCAAACUCAUACUGUUGCAAGUCUUUUCUUAAGGGAUUUUAAGGUUGAACCCUUUAUAUUUAAAAAUGAUGAAUUUGGACCAGAAUAUAUGUGUGCAGCUACUGGGUCAGGAACAUAUAGAAGUGAAACAGCACCCUUAAUUGUUGGAAGUAUGCUAGCUGCUGCAUGUUUAUUGACCAUUUCAGGUUACGCAAUAUACCGAUAUUUCAAUAUUGAGAAAGUUCAAUACGACACAAUGGAGUAA